AGGUAUGAUUAGUCUUUGUUGCAGUCGUAACCCAGCUUUAUUGAGCGAGGACAAGUUAGAGAUUCAUCAUUUGCCACUAUGUCGUCGAAUACCACUACUACGAACAGUUCUACUGACGUAAAAAGGCCUAAUAAAAUUAAAAAAUAUACUCCACCUGAUGAGAAUAGUGCAUCUGAUGACCCCACAGCAGACUACAUGAAUCUGUUAGGCAUGGUGUUCAGUAUGUUUGGACUCAUGAUGAAGAUGAAAUGGUGUGCCUGGAUGGCUGUCUUCUGUUCUUUCAUCAGCUUCUCUAACUCAAGAGUCAACGAGGAUGGAAAACAAAUGUUUAGCAGUUUUAUGUUAUCAAUAUCAGCUGUUGUGAUGUCGUACUUGCAGAAUCCAGCACCAAUGACGUUACCAUGGCAAUGACACUUCCUAUCCUAACAUUACUUUCAUGUUUAUGUUUAUCUAAUUUGUAUAUUUACAAUGGAGGGGUUCACUUAAACUUUUUGCAUCAUAUCUCAGAUAUUGUCACACAUCAUGCAAAAACUACAUACACUGUACAGUGAUUCUGAUGUCUGUUAAUUAAUUCAUGUGAUUUUAUAAUGAUUUUGAUUUAUUGACAUUCCUGUAUAUAAAAUUAGAAUUGUUUGAGACACAGGGCAAUUGAUAUGGAUGGGUAUUGUUAUGUGAAACAUGUGUAAUUGUCUGAUGUACUAUUCAAUGCCAUCAUCAAGAACACAUGUCAUUAUACACACAGUAGUACCUAGUCUCAUUAGCCAGUUUUAUAUUAAUUAAUUUGUCAUAAAAAGAUAUUUAAUUUCCGAUACAUGUGUGAUAACAUCUAGAAUAACUUGGAAUUAAAAUGGAGAGGGUCUAUUGUAGCGCCUUGUGUCCUAUUGAAAAGGUGCUACGUAAAUAUAAAUCCCAUUAUUAUCAUUGUAAUUAUUAUCAUUAUUAUUACCGGUACUAGAAUGCAGGUACUGUCUUGUUUCUCGGUUGGGUUUGUCAGGAAAUAUGGUUGCCUUAAAAAAUAUAAAAAAUAAACAAUCUUCUUAAUUUUGAUAAUUUCA